CACUUUAUGACUUUAUGAUUUUGACUUUUAUGAUGAAUGUUUUUAAUCUUUUAACUUUUUCGAGCUUCCCACGUUAACCUACUUACCCACCUCUAUUUUUCUUUUCCCUCAAAUAUCAUUGAGAUAAUCGAUAUAAUCAACAAGCUAAGUCUAAAGCACCCAUAGCCAACAUUCAAGAUCAAGAUGAAUACAGUUAAAUCAUUCUGGAUGGGAUGGGGUUCCCUCUGCCUUGCCGGCGCGGGAGCGUACUACUUUGCGAAGAAGAGUAUCAAUGCAGACAGGGCCGCGCGCCUCGAGGAAACUCGCCGAAAGAAGCAGAUGAUCGACUCUCUUGAGUACUCGAGCAAUGUCCCCAGCAAACCGCUCUCCGCAUCGACAAUGGGCGGUUCUACAAAUGGAAAUGGCACGCCAGCCCGAACUGAUACAGCCGGGUCACCGAGCCAAGAGGCAAGCCGCGACCCAGCACCGACUCGGCAUGCUCCGGCUACAGAAGGACAACAAGUAAUAGAAAAGAGCAAGUACGAGAGUAGCGCACCAUUUACGAGUCCAAAAGGCGAUCGGUUCUCUUAGUCGUGGUUAAAAGCUGAGCUGAGCAUACCCCAUAAUGAGAACAUUACGAAAACAUACGUGUACACAAUAUUUAGAAGAGACGGAUGAACACAAUUCCAUUCCCAAAUAUUCCCAAAUAUUCGUCAUAACAGCAAUGGUAUCUUGAUACGGACCGGUUGGUCGGCCACGCAAUUUGGCGCCUUGAAACCUUGAAACUCUUGGAUGUUAAAAUGCGCCAUACAUAUUUAUUUGAAUUCCUUCAUAUUUACUUGGUCAAUUCUGGGAUUGUAUCUGUACAAAUGAGUUUGAAAACUUGCGGUUACUCGAGUUGAUACUUGGGUUAUUAUUACGCCGAGUGCCACGGCCAAAAGGGCUGGAAGGGUUAUGUGAGGACAUUAAAAAAAAAGGGUCUUGUCAAAUCGCUACGUAAAUUAAGAUACGUAUCUAUCGGAAAUAUUUAGUCCGACGUCUAUGUACUGGGCAGCCAGGGUGCCACCUACCUAAUGUACCUGCACCAAGCGUCCAUGAUCUAGCUUAAUAUGGUUAGUGCAGCAGGUCAGACUAGAAAUCUGCUCAAGUAACCAAUCAAGUUAAGAGCCUUGCAUCUACAUA